CGAAUGAAAGCGUCUCCCUCGAUCAGGAGAAGAGGGUUUUGAGCGUGCAAGAGAAACCAAGCAAGGCAGCGCCUCUCCUUUUCCAGAGAGAGAGAGAGAGAGAGCUAGGGUUGGGAGAUCGCCGGCGAUGCCUUACCUGGUUCGGGACCGCCUCUUCUUCGGCGACAUCACUGCCGCCGCCGAGGUGCUCAAGAACGGAAGCCCCGAGAUCACCCACGUCCUGUCACUCCUCAGCUCCGCCUCUAUCUCCUUCUUCUCCGACUGGCGGUCCGAGAUCUCCAUCCCGACGGAGGAGAUCAGGAAGGUGUUCGCCGGCGCCGAUGGCUCCCCGAGGAAGUCGCUGGCGCCGGGGAAGCUGGUGUACUCUCUCGAGCGUGCCGGGCCGGAGUUGAAGCUGGUGAGGAUGGCGGUGCCGUUGAGAGAUACAGAAGACGAGAACCUGUUGGAUCAUCUGGAUGUGUGCUUGGAUUUCAUUGAUCAGGGCAGGAAGGAGGGGGGCGUGUUGGUGCAUUGCUUCGCAGGAGUGUCGCGAAGUGCUGCCGUAAUAAUUGCGUACCUAAUGAGAACAGAACAUAAAUCUAUGGAAGAUGCACUUGAGUCCUUGCGUGAAAUCUGUGAGUCUGUCAGCCCAAAUGAUGGUUUCCUGGAUCAGUUAAGUUUAUUUGAAGAAAUGGGUUUCAAAGUAGAUACUGAAAACCCCAUCUACAAGCGCUUCCGCUUAAAAGUAUUAGGUCAUUCAUAUAAACAGGGGGAGAAAAUAGACAGUUCCAUAUUUGGUGCUGAUCCUGGUUUGCCACUAGAGUCCAACUCUUCUGAGGAAGUCCGCAAGGGAAAUCAACAUACUACAGCUUACCGCUGCAAGAAAUGCAGGAGAAUUGUUGUAUCGCAAGAGAAUGUCGUUAGCCAUGUGCCUGGUGAGAAUGAGACGUUCUUUGAUUGGCAAAAGCGAAAAAGUGGUAAUUGGUCUAAUAGGUUUCAGGAGCAAGAAUGUUCUUCCUUGUUUGUUGAACCCUUGAAGUGGAUGACUUCAGUUGAAGAUGGUGCGCUGGAAGGAAAACUCUCAUGCAUCAAAUGUGAUGCACGCCUUGGAUACUUCAACUGGUCAGGCAUUCAAUGCAGCUGCGGCAGCUGGAUCACUCCUGCCUUUCAGAUUCACAAGAGCAAAGUUGAUAUUAGCAUGGUGUAGCACAUACCGGGAGUAUCCAAGCAAAUUUAAGCCAUUCUCCUAGGUGUACCUAUGCAUAUACGGGAAGAGCCUUGCUAUCGAAAAGCCGAACGAGGCAUACUCAUCAUGUUUGGAGUAUAUUACAGUCACUGGUCCUCGAUUAACUGUGUUAGGUGGCUGUUUUGCUCGAUUUGGUUUAAGCGGCAAUUCCCCUGUUUGUUCCUGUAGUGACUGAACCGCACAACCAUUUUGCGGCUUGCAGUUUGCGUUCAUGAGAGUUGGUUUUUGUUGAUAUGUUCAAAGAGUCCAGAACCUAUGCCUGAGUUCAAGAUUGUGCCUUUGUUUCUGACUGUAUAUUGGAGUCUAUACAAAUUAAGAUUUGUAUA